CAGGAGAUGAGGCUCGAAAAAAAUAAACACGGAUUUCGGUACCGAUGCCGCGGGUGUCACAAAUCAUUUUCAAUUUGGAAAAAUUCUAUCUUCGAAAAGGUCAUCAACGUACCAUUAUUUCUACAGUUGAUAUAUCUUUACAUAAGCCGUUACAAAAUUGGACAAGCAACGAGAGAAUUAAACAUCAAUCAAUGUGCCACAAAAUGGUACAAAAAAUUUAGAAAAGUGUGCCAACUCCGGGUAGCCUCCAAUCACGCGAAGGUAGGCGGCCCCGGACAAAUCGUAGAAAUGGAUGAGUCUCUUGUCCGGAAAAGCAAGUAUAAUAGCGACGGAGUUUUAAUCAAGAAGGCUCUUUGGAUUAUCGGAGGCAUUUGUCCCAAUACAGACAGAAUAUUUUUGUGGGCCACCCUGAGUAGAAAUCGAGAAACCUUCUUAGAUGUCGUUCGACAAAAUGUUCUCGAGGGUACUGUUAUUAUAACUGACUCGUGGAAAGGGUAUUAUGAUUGUCCCGAAGAUAAAAAUGGCGAAAAUAAUUUUGAGACCGACCACCGUAUUUCGUUUGUCCAGCCCAGCGAUAUACCUGUCCAUACCCGCAAAAUCGAUAUUUUCUGGCAAGAUCUCAAGCCGAAACUCCCGAAGUUCUGUGACAGUCGCACAGUGCCCGAAUACCUGCCGGAAUACGAAUAUUUCCGGAAUUAUAAAUCGCUCAAUCACUAUGACACAUACAUUACAUUUAUAAAUGAUUGCAUUGCGUUUAAAGAAGUAUUCGAAUGAAUUUAAAAAUUUUUUUAUUGAUUUUUCGAUUAU